CACAGAACCAGGAAACUCAGUUACGAGAAACUGAACUGAUGUGCUGUUGAGCUGUUGUUAGUGUCUCUAUGUUGCUGUAGGUGCAGUGAAAUGGCUGAAGCUAGUGUUUUUUCAUUGGAGCAGUUCAUCUGUCCAGUGUGUCUGGAUCUCCUGAAGGAUCCAGUGACCAUUCCCUGUGGACACAGUUACUGUAUGAGCUGCAUUACAGACUGCUGGGAUCAAGAGGAUCAGAAGAGAGUCUACAGCUGCCCUCAGUGCAGAAAGACCUUCAGUCCAAGACCUGCCUUAAGUAAAAACACCAUGCUGGCUGAAGUGGUGGAGAAACUGAAGAAGACCAAACUAAAAGCUGCUGUUCCUGCUGGAUCUGGAGACGUGGAGUGUGACAUCUGUACUGGAAGAAAACACAAAGCUGUCAAGUCCUGUCUGGUGUGUCUGGAGUCUUACUGUCAAACUCAUUUUGAGCGUCAUGAAGAGUUUCGCUCAGGAAAGCGACACAAAGUGACUGAUGCCACUGGACGACUGCAGCAGAUGAUCUGCCAUCAACAUGAUAAACUUCUGGAGGUUUUCUGUCGUACUGACCAGCAAUGUGUUUGUAUGUUGUGUGCAAUGGAUGAACAUAAAAACCAUGAGACUGUAUCAACUGCAGCAGAGAGGACAGAGAAAGAGAAACACUUGAAGGAGACACAGAGUGAAAUCCAGCAGAGAAUCCAGCAGAGACAGAAAGAUCUUGAGCAGCUGAGAGCGGCUGUGGAGUCUCAUAAGCGCUCUGCACAGACAGCAGUGGAGGACAGUGAGAGGAUCUUUACUGAGCUCAUCCGCUCCAUUGAGAGAAGCCGCUCUGAGGUGACACAGCGGAUCAGAGAUCAGGAAAAGGCUGCAGUGAGUCGAGCUGAAGAACAAAUGGAGCGACUGGAGCAGGAGAUUGAUGAUCUGAAGAGGAGAAACACUGAGCUGGAGCAGCUUUCACACACAGAUGAUCACAUCCAUUUCCUCCAGAGUGUUCUGUCUCUCUCAGCUCCUCCUGAAUCUACAGAAAACAUCAGUGUCAGUUUUCUCUUUUCUUUUGAUGGUGUGAGAGAAUCUGUCAGUCAGCUGAGACACAAACUGGAGGAUUUCUGCAAAGAACUGAUGAAAAAGAUAUCUGACACUCAGAGUAACAUUGUUCCCAGAAUCAAAGAGGACUUCCUACAAUAUUCCCAUCAGUUCACGCUGGAUGUAAACACUGUGCAUAAACUCCUCAGUCUCUCUAAUUGGAAGGAAGAGGUGUUUUUCACUAGCAAACUCCAGCCGUAUCCUGAUCAUCCAGACAGAUUUGAUGUUUAUCCUCAGGUGUUGUGUAGAGAGAGUGUGAGUGGAUGCUGUUACUGGGAGGUUGAGUGGGGUGGGAAUGGAAGGAGUGGUGGUGUAAAUAUAUCAGUGUCAUAUAAGAGCAUCAGCCGGAAGGGAUCUGGUUAUGAGUGUUUCUUUGGAUAUAAUGAUCAGUCCUGGAGUUUAUUCUGCUCUGACCGCAGUUUCUCAUUCUGGCACAAUAACAAAGAGACUAAACUCCCUGUUCCCUCCAGCUGCGGUAGAAUAGGAGUGUAUGUGGAUCACAGUGCAGGAACUCUGUCCUUCUACAGCGUCUCUGACACAAUGAACCUCAUCCACACAGUCCAGACCACAUUCACUCAGCCGCUCUAUCCUGGGUUUAAUGUUUGGGGAUCAAUGAAUCUCCCUGACCUACAAUUAUAGGUAAUUCUGAGAUUUAAUACCAAUAAUGUUGUCGAAUCACAUCUUUGAGCUGCAUUAUAAAUCAGCAUCUAUGAGAUGUUAUGGUAUUUCAAGCAAAAUAGCCCACCGUUUUUGAAAAAGGUUUGAAAGAGAGUGACAACUUGUUGUUAUAUAUUAUUUUUCCAUUUAAAAAAAAAAUGCCUUUGAUCACUGAUAAAUAUAUGCCUUGAAAAUAGUCAAGAUAAUAUUCACAGCACUAUUUGCAUCACUAUAGAACAGUGUAUAGUACAUACUCUUCAGCUCUAUUUGAAGUGUUACUGUAUGUGUUCAGAUUCUACACACACAUACUUGUAUAUGUGGUUUACAGGGACUCUCCAUAAGCAUAAUGGUUUUCCUGUAUUUUCUAUCCCCUUGCCCAAACCCUACACCUAAACCUAACUCUCACACAAAACUACUAGUUUUUUUUUUAAAUUUCCAAAACACAGUUUAGUAUGUUUUUUUUGAGGACACAUCAAGAAUUCUUAUACACCAUGUUUACAUUGUAUACACCAUACGUUAUAUAUACCAUUUCAGUAUGUAAAGUUCAGCCCUAUAUUGGUCUAAUUUACAAUUGUUAAAAUGGGGUCAGAUUAUACUGUGUGAGGUUGUGGAGUGUUUAAAAAGAUGAGACAGUCAACAGUUUUAAAAGUGAAAAUCAAAUGUGUAUUUACAAUAUUCACAGGGAACUUAAAACAACACAACAAAACGAAACACAGGGAGCUAUAAGGGAAGAUGAUAAUGAGCUAAAUGAGAACCCGGUGAGAGCCGAAGAGCUAACAAGCAAGAAAACAAGGGGGGAGAAUAACCACGCGGACAACGAGCACAUGGUGAGCUGUCAAAACAAAGACACAAAACACAACACAGCACAAACACAACAGCAAAGACACAGGUGAUCAGACCCGAGACCCGACAAAGAGUGAAAAUGAAGCAGUUCAGAGGUCAUUACAUUGAAAUUAUGGUUCUGUGGACAGGCCCCUCCCUGGAUCUUAUCCCAUAAAGAACUUGUGGUCAAUCCUCAAAAAGCAAGAAUGGAUUAGUCAUUAGUCAGGAUUUGGCCCAUAAGCUGAUAUCCAGCAUCCCAGAGUGAACUGCAGAAGUUAUGAAGAGGAGUAUUCAUAACUUCUACCCAAAUUUCUAUUCUGUAAAUAUGGACUCUUAUGAAAAUGGACACACAUAUAUUGAAUGUUUUUACCAAUAAAAGCUUUUAAAGCUUAAAAGUUUAAAUGCUUAUCAUUGUUUUGCAGUGUACACCAUAAAUGUGGGGGAGAAAAAAUAAAUCUACAAAUACUGAAGCAGCAAAAUUAGAGAAACACAAAAUU